UCGGCUUCGCGCUGCUCGACUUGGCGGCGGGCUUCGUGGCGGGCCUGUCGGGCUUGGGUUCCGGGCAGGGAGGGCAGCGGAGGCGUCUGAGCGGCCGGGCGUCACCGCUCCCCCGCGGGGUCGCCGGAGCGGGCUAGGAAAACUCGGCCGUGGCGGGCCCCGUCUCCGUCCCGUUCCAGGCCGAGCGAGGAGGGGCCGGGCAGCCUCGAGCGCGGCAGGCUCGUGGGUGCACUUGCCGUUUCGGGGAAAGCGACUGCGGCUAAUGGGAGGGAGGCUAGACCUUCGGCGUCCCGGCCGGCGUUCCGGUGGGGAUUCUGACGCGGCUUGAGAUCCGAAGGUGGCGCGGCCCCCAAAUACCCAGAGCCGCAGAGUUCCAGGUUGUCAGCGGGAAGAGGUGUACCUUUGUAGAGCUACCCUGUCGCAGUCUUGAACUUCAAGAAAAGAUGUGGAGUGGGCUGUUACCUCCUGGGCUAAAUGAAAGUGAUGUUGAGCCAGAUUCUGAAGAUGAAGCCACACCAGAGAAUCCAGGGCUUACGGAACUUCAUUUGCAGGAAGAUGGAAAGACUGACAGCAGUAGGAAGCCCAAGAUGUCAGAUUUCCCAGCAGGCAAGCCAAAAGCUGAGACAGAGACUGAUGCAAAUGCAUAUGAGAAAUGUCCUUCUGGAAUUCCCUUACACAUGUGGAGUAAAUUUCAAGAAUUGCAUAAAAAACAUUCUGAACAGAAAAAUUCAACGUCAAGAUUCAGACAGAAAGAAAGAAAACGCUCCAAAAAAGGCAAAUUGAAGAAUGAAAAAGAAUCUCACAGUGAGCAGUCCUCAAGUGAAACCCAAUGGAAGGAACUUACUCAGUAUUUUGGAGCCAAUGAUAGAUUUGAACCCCCAGUUAAGCAGAAAAAAGUUGAGAAGUCAGGCCUUGAAAAGAGGCUAGACCAGGCUGUGGAGGAGUGGGAUGUUGAGAAGGCUGAAGAGCUCAGCAACCAGCUAGCUACUCGAGAGCUCGGUGUAAAAAUUUCCAAAGCAAUUGCCUGCCAUAAGUUUGUUAAAGCCAAAAAGGAGGCUGAAAACUCACAGGCUGCUCGAAAGAAGAAGAAGCUGGCGUGGGGGUUUGAAGCAAAGAAGAGAUGGGAAACUAAAAGCAACAUGGGAUAUAUGUAGCCUUGCAGAGUUCUUCAGGACAUUUGUUGAUAGGCUGGCAUGCUUCAUUUAUCAAAAAGAUUUUUCUGCUUAGGUUAAAAAUGUCAGAAAAUUGAUAAGGGUAGAAAAAGAUAAGCCUAAAACUUGGGAGCUGAUUAUAAACUCUUUGUGGUCUUUUUUCUAAGAAGUUUGUGAAGGAAAUGAACAUUUUUAUAUUUGUGUAAGAAAUUUUAAGCAUAUAUACAAGAAAAAAGGAUAAGGUUUUAUUUAUUUGUAUAAGCCUACAGUUUAAAAUCAAUUUUGUGUUUCAUCUGUCUGGUCUAGUAUAGCCUGUGAGGUCCUUGUACUUCCUUAUCUGUUGUUAGCAUGACUGCAACUGUUUCUAGAAUUGAGUUUUUCAGAAUGGCUUUUGUUUAUAGUGGAUUAGUCAUAAAUAGAAAAAUUCUCAAUUGUUACUGACUUUACAAAUGACUUUAAUUACUUUAAUGCUAUAAGAAUAAUUAUUGAUUCUUUUUGGUGGCAGUAGAAUUAAUAUUUUGUAGUCACAUAGUAAAAGCAAUUGAUUAAUUUUUGUGUAAUGUCAGUGGAAAUAAUUAUAGUAAAAAGUGGACAUAGUGUAUCUGGAGAAUGAUUUAAAUUCAGCUUUGCCUAGAAAAUGUCUUUCUAAAUAUCUCUCAACCAUGUAAUUCUUUAAAUUACGAUUGUUCUUUGAAAAGGAAAUGGUCUGAUUGUGUUAGACAAAUAGUUGUAACUCAGAAUAUCAUAACUUUGGAUCGUCCAACAGCUCAUUUGUUUUUACCUCUUCUCCCGCUGCUCCUUAACAGAGGGAAUGAAUUAAUGAGGCUAAAGAGAGAACUAGUACCUGGGAAGUCAUUGUCCUUACAGUCCUAAUGGGAGGAGGCUUUGAAAAGGCAUUUGAUAACUGGCAAGACUAAGUGUGGACACUGCGAAAAAUUAGAUUAUAAUUACAUUAUUUUUAUACUUAAAGCAGUAACAAUUUCAUUAACUUAUGGUGAUACGUAAAUUUUCUUUAUAUAAAGAAUAAGUGAAUAAUUUGUUGCUCUUUAAGAGUCCAAAUGUCGCCGGGUGGUCAUGGUGCACAGAGGCAGGUGGAACUCUGUGAGAUCAGGACAGGCUGGUCUACAGAGUGAAUUCCAGGACAGCCAAGGCUACACAAAGAAACCCUGUCUAAAAAAAAAAAGUCUAAAUGUCAAAUCUUAUUUCCAUUUAAUUGAGAAAAAACAGUGUACAAAAAGCAAGAUCUAGGAGAUUGGAUAUCCAACCCACUUGUCUUCAUACCUUUAAAAGGUAUCCAUUUAUAAAUGUUCCUGAGUACUGUUUACUUAUAGUAACCUACUUCACACUCUUAGUGAGUGAAUGUAUGCUUAACAGUAUAGGAAUAUUUUUUCCACCCACUACACAUAAGAUGUAGUAUCUUUGAGAAAGUUCUUAGUAUGGAUAGUUUCGUAUAUAAGGUCUCAGAACAUGCAUUCUCCUUGGGCCUCCACGCUACUUUUCUGUUUUCUUGUAUUCACCUAGGUCUCGUAACUUUUGUUGGCAUAUAGGGUCAGGUUGUGGAGCCUCUGGCUCAGUCUAAUCAGCAAAGCCCUCCUCACCCACACCAGUGUGGCAGUUUACCUCUUGGUGCCCAUUCUGGUUUGUGUUUGUUUUUUAAGAAAUAUUUCCAUUUUAUAUGAUGGGUGUUUUGCCUGCAUGUAUGUCUCUUGUACUGUGUGCAUGCCUGAUACCUAUGGAGGCCAAAAAAGAGGUGUCAUAUCCCCUGGAACUGGAGUUAUAGUUAGUUGUGAGAUACCAUGUGGGUGCCCGGAUUCUCUGGAAGAGCAGCAGUGCUCUUAACCAGUGGAGCUUAACUGAGUGGAGAACAGUCAGGAGGGAGGGUGGUCAGAGAAGAGGACUCAGUUGGCAAGAAAGGUUACAUCUCCCUACUCCCUCCUCUUGUGGACAUGGAUUGCAGGAAGUUUUAAAAUAUAUUUCUGUGGCCAGAAAGUAGGAAGGAAGGAUUGGGUGAGAAAGCGGCACAGUGCUUUUGCUUGUAUCUGCUGGUCUCUUAUUUGUUAUUAGUUUUAUUUGGGAUGAGCUUUAAUUUAACUUAGAUAUUUUAUUCAUUAGAACAGUAAAAUGGUAACAUUAUUCUUAGAGUGUCAGUGUUGCCCAAGGGGUAUAGUCAUGGCCACAUUGAAAUAAGGGUUCUUUGUGGAUCAGUAAUAACUAUGGUUCCUGAAGCUUCAACUUGUUCAUUUACUACCUCCAGAAUGCUUGAAUCAGAUUAGUAAUGUGAUUGUCAGUUACUGUUGAGUGAGAUUAAUAUGUUUUAGGCCAUUGGUAUGGCAUUAAUGUAACAUGAUUUAUUGUCUAAGUACUUGAGGCCAGAACAGCUUACUGAAGAACAGUAAUUUUGAGCUUUUACUGCACUGAUUUUGAGAAGUAAAGUUGGUAGUGCAUUCUUGUUUAGGAGCCCUCAGGAUGUUUCUGAUUUCAGCAGAACAUUCUAUUUCUUUCACCAAAAGGGGAGUUUGAAUAUGUAAUCUCAAGCUUGCUAUAAUUAGUUCUGAUGACAGUUAAAUACCUCGGCCAAGACUGUAAAUCAGCAGCUAAACUCUGAUUUUUGCAACUGAUCAUAAAUUUCAAGCACUGUGUUUUGGGGCAGGCAGAUAAAGGAGGGGCAGGCAUCGAACAGAAAUAAAAUGUCAUUGGAACUUUUGGUGACAGCUGUAAACCCCAUACUUAAAAUCUGAUACCGCUUACACCUUUUGUCUAAACUAUCUUUGAAGUUCUGUAGUAACUAGAUUAUUAACAACCAGUGAGAAAGUUGAAUCCUUGUUUGUGUGUGUGUGUGGUGUGUGCUGGUGCACACCUGGGUGUUCUUUAGCACUUUGUACCUCGUUGAAGAUGGGGCCUCAUUGAAGCUAGAGUGAGAGGAGCCUAUCAAGCUUUGUUCUUAUCUCUGCACCCCAGCACUGGGGUGAUAGACCUGCACAAGGCCAUGCCCUGCUUUUUACAGGAGUUAUAGGGGUCCAAGCUUGGGUCCUCCUGCUGUGUAAGUACUGCUACCCACUGAGUCAUCUCCCCAGCCUGAGAAAUUAAAAUUCUUAAAAUAUGAAUGUAUUACUUUCAGAAUGUCUGCAUUCACUUUGUUAGGAAAAGAUUAAAAGAUUAAUGCUAUGGAUUUGGAAAUAUAUGUUUUAAUAACUAAACAUAUUAUACAAGGCUGAUUUUUCAAAUAGAUGGCAAGUGCUUUUUUUUUUUAAGCAAUAAUAAGGUUUAGGAAAAUAAAUUGAUGUUAUGUCCAGUCCCAUUUUGGAAUGUGGUCAUCAAAUUCAGAACCAACUGAUACAAUUCAAGUUUUUUUGUGUGUUGGCAGAAGUUGCCUUUAUUUUUAGUCUCUGGCAGGGGUAAAAACACUUUGCAUGUCAACUUAAUAUUUUUUAAAGCCAACUGUUUAUUCAUUGGCUUAAAAUUUAUACUCUACUAGAGUCUUAGCUCUGACUUUGAUAAAAUAAAUAGUAAUAUUUAGAGAAAAUGUACACAUGAACACCUUUUUCCAAAAGCAAAUGUAGAUUGGUGUUUGUGGCAUCAGUGCCUUCUAACCUAGUAACAGACCUGAAAGUACUCUGUAAACUUGGGGGCUUUAUAAACACAGGGCAGCACAUUUUAUGUGCUUUUCCCCACUGACUCAUGUAUGUGUGUGUGUGUGUGUGUGUAUUCAGUUCAGCUAGUCAGCUUGACUGAGAACUUGUCUCUACUUCCUGAGUGCUGGAAUUACAGAAGGCUACCAUGGCUGCCCAACUUUUACAUACAUUCUCAGGAUCCGAACUCCAGUCUUCUAACUUGCAGCACUGAGCCAUCUCCUCAGGUCACUUGAUAUAAUUUUAUUAUGGAUUAAUCAGAACACGUUUUUAGUUUUCAAACAUAAAUUAACUUUAUGCUAGCAAGCUCAGUGUGGCUCCUAAGUUUCAGUGACGUGUUGAGGCAUUUUAUUAAUGUGUAUGUGUACCUUUUUUCGUGGUUUGAAUACUUUUGUUCUUUGACAGUUUCAUGUGUAUAUACAGCAUAUCUUGAUCAUAUCCACCUUAACUCUCCCCUCCCAUUCUCCUCACCUUCAUGUACUUAAAGAUGAUGAUGAUGAUAACCUACUAAUUAGUGCUGCCUACAUACAUAUGGGUGUGAUUCCUUCCACCAGAGCAUGGGUAACCUACAAGUGAUCACUACCCCAAAGAAAUGUCCUCAUCAGUCACCUGCCAAUAGCUCUUAGCUAGGGGUGGGGCCUCAUGAAUUCCUUCCCAUCUAUGUUGGAAUGUGGACUUUCUUGAUCUUGUGCAGGCCUCGUGGGUUCAUUUGUGCACUGUUCUUUAAGUCUAGAAGAUAGCAUGUUAUAGCACUCUUCUCCAUCCCCUGGCUUUUUCUUUGUUUCACCUCCCUUUUCUAUAAUGUUCAGUGAGCCUUGAGCAUAUAUGUUCUUGACCUUAUAAGAUACUAAAGUAAACAUUUGCCACCUUGGAGAUUGAGUACUCCAUAGGUUUUGAUAAAUAUGCAGAGCUGCGUUCUUUAGUCUGUAUUUUUAAUUUCUUCUCUAUACUGCCCACCUUGAAAGAAAAAAUUCCUUACAUGCAUGUUAGUGUUGUGGCUGUAAUCAGCAGACUGACUGGGGAAGGGAUCCUUGACCUCAGUGAAGAACAAGACAGUGUGGCAGGUUGUGAUGGCCAUAAAGAAACGUAGGCAUCACUGCUCUUUCCUUGGGGUUGGAAUGAAGUAUGUUGCCUCUUUGCCAUCUCUCCCUUCUGCUCACUGGUUAAUGUUCUGCAGGUGAGUGUUACUGUUGCCAGGGUGUCUUCAACCGCAACAGUGCCCUGAGUAGCUUCUUGCCUGCUGGCUUUGGCAAAUCUCAUCUCUGGAAUCCAGCUACUGGCUCUGGUGGGACAGUUUAUGAAAUGCCACACAGUACUUUAUGUUUUCAGAUCUGUCUAUAAAAUUAAGAAUUAACUGAGACGUAAUUACAUUUUAUUGAUAUUAGUAAUUCCUUUUUAAAUUCAAGAAAAAGUAAUAAAUUUUUCAAGUGAGAUGGUAUUUUCAAGCAUUGGGUGUUUAGUGCAUGUCUUUAACAUUCAGAUGAGACUUCUUGGAGGAAUAAUAUUCAGGAAUGAAAGGUAAAGUCAGGGGCAGUGCCUCCACCCACUCCAAAAUGCUCUUGUGGAAGGUUUCUCCCAUGUCUGGUACCACCUGAGCAGUUGCUGCCUGCCACCUCCUGAGUUUGUGGGCCACCUCUUUGUUAAAUUGCUUUGAGGGGCUUACUCAGUUCCAGGUAUGGAAUGAGGUAAUCCUUUCCCACCUCUCAUUCCUGAAGGGUGUGUUUGUCCAGUUAUUACUUGUUCAUUGAACCUGGAGCUUUAGAAACCAACUGCAGUACAAGCUGUAAUUAUUGAUGUCUGUUUCAUUUUCAUCUGUAAGCUCUGGCAUUUGAUCAAGAAGUUAAUAUAUCACUUUAUCUCCAGGCUAAAUGUCUCAGCUCUCGAGGUUUUAUUAUUUGACGGAUAGCAUACAAUUAUGACUGCCCAGAAAAAAAAUUUUAUUUAUUUGUGAGGUGGAUGAUACUAGAAGUAAUUAUGAAUGUCAUGGGGAGUGGUGAAACAAUGAAGCUUUGAGUUCCUUUGAAUUCCUACCCUGGUAAUAUCUGACAAGCAUUUCUUGAACACCUCCUCUCUUUUAGCUCUGAACAUGGAAAGAUGAGUAAAUGCAACCUAGUAGAAAAUACUGUAGACUAACUCUUAGACAACUUAGCAUUUACAUAGUUAUUAGUGACUUGGCGGCUUUGCUGAACACAGAGAAAUAAUCCAUAUGUGGUAACUUAAGUAACCCAGGCCUGCAUAUUGCAGUGUCUGGUUAUCUAUCACAUAUCCCCAUCCCUAGCUGGGCAACUGGCUGUAGUAGUUGUCCAUCUUAAUGACUGAUAGAUUCUCUGGUGUUCCUGGAGAAUAGCUGUGUUGGUGUCCUCGCUUUCUCAGUUUCCUGUGCUCUAAGCAUUGGUGGUAUGUGACUGAGGAAGGAAUGUACUUCUUUGUACAUUCUGUCAUCAUUUUAAGCUGGGAGUUUUUCCUCGAUGGUGUCAGCAUGUUCCCUACAUUAGAAAGGUUGUCUUAGUGCCUGUCCAUGUUAGGUAUUGUCAUGAUUUUGUGUAUCCAAAAUAUAGUAACUCAGGCACAGUAGGAAUUGGUUUCUUAUUCACUUGAGGGACAAAGGCUGCAACCAGAAGCCUCCGCUCCAUGCAAUCCGUGAAAAUCCAGUCUGCCAGCAACUUUCCACCUUUGCAUAGGAAACCUGAGUGUCAUCUCUUUAAUCUUCCAGAAGUUCAGACUUGGCUUGGAAAUAAAUCUGGCUAAUCCUGCUCACUCUA